AUGGCAUCUGUGACAUUGGUGACAGGUUUGAGACCUCCCUUCUCUCUCUCAGAUGGAAAACUCCCCACCUGUCGAUAUCUCCCCUCCCCAGUUCCUCAUGUCUUUUCUCUUCUCUUCUUUCCUGCCAGUCUCUCUCCUGACCCACCUCUGGGGAUCGGCCUGUGCAGGUAACGUUGACUUCUGGUUCCUGCUAUGACAAUUUCAGCCCGUCUUGGAUAGGUGGUGCAGUUAGGAAUCACGCUUUAAACGAUUGGAGACAACUCUUGCUCAUUUAGCAGCUCUGAAACAGGUAGAAAUCAACAGGUGGAGCUUUCCACAGCAUGUUGAUUAGCCUAUCUUCCCCUUUUGGAUUUCUGCCUGUUCAUCAGUUGCUAAAAGCAGAGAAAGGAACUUUGCAGGAAUAAGGUGGGACUCUCGAUAGCGGCAGCAAAUUCAAGGCUGCAAGCCACUGCCUUCAGUGGGUCUUCUCCGCGUGUGACUAAGAUUGGAGACAACCCAUUAAUUCAAAUUAACACAGAGCAAACUAAAAUAAGUUGUUGUUGUUGUAUAGUUGUUUAGUCGUGUCCGACUCUUCGUGACCCCCUGGACUAGAGCACGCCAGGCACUCCUGUCUUCCACUGCCUCCCGCAGUUUGGUCAAACUCAUGCUGGUAGCUUCGAGAACACUGUCCCACCAUCUCGUCCUCUGUCGUCCCCUUCUCCUUGGGCCCUCCAUCUUUCCCAACAUCAGGGUCUUUUCCAAGGAGUCUUCUCUUCUCAUGAGGAGGCCAAAGUACUGGAGCCUCAGCUUCAGGAUCGGUCCUUCCAGUGAGCACUCAGGGCUGAUUUCCUUCAGAAUGGAGAGGUUUGAUCUUCUUGCAGUCCAUGGGACUCUCAAGAGUCUCCUCCAGCACCAGAAUUCAAAAGAAAGAAGUUACUGGCCUAUAAUUUAUGGUUAUUAUUAUACCAUAAAUUAUUAUACCAUAAAUCAGAACCAGCCCUCUUUAUUCUGUAUGAAAAAGGUGUCAGAAGGUGGAGUUUCAUAUUUGCAUUUCCCCAUUGCUUUUCUGCAAAUAUAAUAGAGAUUACAAAUUCUUUGAGACAGCUGAAUUGAGAUUUAAACAUUUGUAAGCUCUAGCUUAAUUUGAUAAGGUAUCCGCCUUGUGUGUAAAGAAAAGGAAAAAUAAAAUAACGAAACAGAUCCUGUACUUAGCAAUGUCAACUUGGAAAAUGGUGGAAUGAGUUUAAAUAGGAUGGAAUGAAUUAUGGGGCAGAUGGGGGAUGUUAUCUCUGAUUUUUCCCAUUCCAAUGGCUGAUUAAAAAGGUUGUUUCUAUUGCUGUAUAAUUAAGGCAAAUAAUGCACUAAUUGCAUCCACUCCUACUCUUAAAUCCUUGUGUAAGAAGUCUAUAAAUAGAAGGGGAAGAAUAAUCCAGAAAUUGAAUGUGAAAUAACUAAAUCCAAAAUUGCUUGCAAAAUGACAAUUUUCAAUUUGCCACACCAAAAAGAACAUUUUAACCCAGAAUCUGGGAGGCGGAAAUGAGGGUGUGGGUGGGAAUGAAGUAAAACUGAAAAAUGUGUUGGGGAGGUGAAUGGAAAGGUCUUUUUCACACAAAGAGGCCUUUAUUUGAAAGGCUGGUAGUGGAAUUUUGUUUUGAUGCAUAAACUCGAUAAAACUGGCCCAUUACAGAAAUUAUAUAUGGUGGUGGAUAAACCCAACUGCCCAAGGUUGGGUUAGUCUUUUUUAACAAUUAGAGUAAAUAAUUAGCAUAAACAUCUAAUUUCAUUUCCAAAUGUCUCCUAAAGUUGUAUGAGAGACGGGCAAUCUGCCAUUUUCAGUUGUUUUUUUCAUUUUACCAAUCUCAAAUUCCCCAUGUUUUCACAUCCGGCUUCUGAUGUUUUUAAGUCCUCGUGAAAAUUCAUCAGCUUUAAAGUGCGAAUUUCUCGUGAUAUACCCAUUCUUAUACAAUUUUGCCUAACAUACACAUUUCUGCAGAUGAAUCUUCUCCGAUAUAAUGCAUUUUUGUAUGCCGUUUUCAUAAUAUAUAUACCGGGUGUCAUCAGCAUACUGGUGACACCGAACCCUCAAACUCUGGACAACCUCUUCCAGCAGUUUCAUGUAAAUGUUAAAUAGCAUGGAGGACAUGAAGGAAGGAAGGAAGGAACAGAGCAACUGUAAAACAGGGCCUCCAGUCCCACCCCAGCAAGGCAGCCCAGGAGGAUACCAUGGUUGAUGGUAUCAAAAGCCCCCAAGAAGUCCAGCAGAACCAACAGGGACACAUUCCCCCUGUCUAGUUCUCUCUAGGCAUUGUUCAAAGAUAGUGUUAUAAGAAAAAAAACCCUGCUCCUUUUCCCUUAUGGGGUAUCCAAGAGCCCGUAUAGAGUCCUUACGUGGGUUCCCUAUUGGUAGGAGAAAAUUACAGAGGCCAACCAGAGUAUAUUGAGAAACAAAGCGGCUAUUAAGACUGAUCUUUAUUAAAACUGUUGCAAUAGUGUCCCCACUCACCACAUGCAGAAGGGACCCAGAACAAUGGUAUGCAAGCCCUUAUAUAGACUUUUGAAACUGCCCACCCUGUAGCCAGAGACCACUCCCAAAAUACCAUGCAUACAUCACAGAAGGAGGCUGUCUACAGCAGAGAUCCUGUUUGCCAGGAUAUCUGUUACUGGUCACUGAUUGCAUUACCUGGGCAGCCUGGCCAUUCUUUUGUGAUGUUUAAUACUUUAAUUCCUGAAUCCAGGUCACAGGCUCACCCUAUGAGCCUUUUAAGACAGGAUUUGUAAGCGGAAAGAGAAUUGGAAGGCUUUCCCCAUUUGCCUCCCUUACUGCAGAGGAAUAUCUGAGGUCAUUGGGAAAGUCAAAAUGGCUUCAGGAUGGCUCUCCGAUAAUAUUUCAGACACAUGGUUUAUAUGUGUUUGCCAUGUACAUUUGUGAACAUUUAUUUUAUAUCUGAGAUCUUCGAAUUCUUAUAACAAUAGAAAGAACAGAAACACAGCAGUAAGUCGAGGCUACGUUUUGAGUGAUUGCCGAAACCACACACACCACAAUAGUGUUGGUCUGGUUUGAAGAGUGUGGCUGGUGUGGCUCCUGAGCGAUGGAGUCUCUUAAUAGUUCAGCUAGUAAAGUCGGCUUCCUUGUGUUCCCUUUUCUAUUUGACUGUAAGCCUCAACCCAGGGACUGACUUAUGGGAACAUUUUGACUCAUGGGUGCAGUGACACCUUUAGGUAGGGAUGGAGAAGGCCCCUGCCUGAAAUCUUAGAGAGUCGCACCCAGUUCAUGAAGACAACACUGAUCAAGGUGGACCAAUGGCCUAACCAGGGAGAAACUCAAUUUUGCUUGGAUUUUAACAAGAAGUUUCCAUCCUGGUCCUUGCCUGGUCUGCCCUCCCAGCCGGCAGGUGUGUGUGCUUUGUGCUGCAACAGUUUGUUUGACCUUUGGAAUACCUGGCUGCAAGUAAAAGUGUUUGUGCUGUUCACACUAUGGGUUAACGUUUGAUCGCUGGCUGAGUGAUUGCAGAUUGGGCAGGCUGUGGCCUUAUGAUACAAAAGUGCCUAACGUUAGCAGAAAUUGCUUGCCAAAACUGGUAUUUUAGUCCAAACGACAUACAAAAAUGUGUUUUUGGGGGGAGAAAAUUGCACGAAGAUGAAUUUUCUAUGUUUUUAUAUAAUUUUAUUAAAAUUUCUGUUUUACAAUUUAAAAUACUCAUUUUGCAUCCUUAAGAUAUCAACGACUUCACUUCUUCUCUUACCAUGGUUCAUUUUACAUAUCACAAAUCCCUGCAUAUUUUACAAAAACUACUGAUAUGCCAUUCAGUCUUCCAUUAUUUCAUCCAUCAAAAUUUAUUUACAUGGUUGAAUUUAUCUUAAUGCUGCCAAUGUUUUCAGGUGUACACAGUUAUUUCCCAUAUAUUCAAUAAACAUUUUUCAGUCUUCUUUAAGCAUAUGCUCUUCUUGUUCUCUUAUUCUAUAUGUGAAAUCUGCAAGUUGUGCAUAGAGUGGUACCUUGGUUCUCAAACUUAAUCCCUUCCAGAAAUCUGUUCCAAAACCAAAGUGUUCCAAAACCAAGGUGCGCUUUGCCAUAGAAAGGAUUGCAAAAUGGAUUAAUCCAUUCCAGCCUUUAUAAACAACCCCUAAGACAGCAAUUUAACAUGAAUUUCACUAUCUAACGAGACCACUGAUCCAUAAAAUGAAAGCAAUAAACAAUGUACUGCAGUCACACAAUCAAUCAAUCAGUAGCUGAACUGGGUUCCACACAGUCACAAAAACAAAACAAAAAGAGCCACAAAAACAAAACAAAAAGAGCCACAAAAACAAAAAGGCAAAAGAAAUAGCAAAAACAGACAGACCUCAGCGUAACACUCAAAACGGAGCACAUUUGGCUUCCGAGAAAAGUUUGCAAACCGGAACACUUACUUCUGGGUUUGCAGUGUUUGGGUUCCAAGUUGUUUGAGUACCAAGGUGUUUGAGAACCAAGGCACCACUGUAUUCGGUCAACCUAAGUUGCCAUUUUUCUUUGGUUGGGGCCUCGCUUGUUUUCCAUUUUGGGGCUUACAAAACACGGGCCGCAGUAGUGGCAUACAUAAAUGCUGAUGGAUUUUCAUGAAGUUUCUUAAAAACCGCACUGUGGAUUCCUGUAGAAAUGUAGAGAACUGGAAUAAUGAGAAACACAGUAAAACCGAAUCUGACAGAUCCGUCUAUCCUUAGGCCUGACAGUUUCCUUUGUGUAUUUCCUGAUCCAUUCCUCCAACUUUCUCUGUGUUCCUCCCCUUUGUUCUCAGGCUACCCUCCUCCCCCCAGAUUCUCUGUGUCCCCCAAACAAGACAUCUACAGAACUGGCGAACUGAUAAACUUCACGUGCUCCGCUCCUGACCACCGUAACAUAUCCGGAGUCACCUUUUUCAGUCACCAAUGGAUACUGUAUUUCCAGAAGCCUCCGCCCUCUGGGGGGGCAUUCACACAUGCCCUGCGCCUGUCUCCCCAAGACAGCAGCGAGUAUUCCUGUACCUACAAUGUUAUACAAUCGAGAGAGCAAUCGCAUGGAAGCAACUCCAUCCAUAUUGCAGUGAUGGGUGAGGCCUCCUUUUUCGGGGUACGUCUCUUGGAAGGGGCAAGAGGGAGCCCAGGCAGACUUUGGGCGAGAAAAUGUGCUUAGCAGAAUCCAAAUACACGCUGAGAAGCAGGCUUUUCCAUUCAAUCUUUUCAUAUGAGUAACCUUUUCACACCCCUCUUUUCUUCCGUGUUUUGUUUCUGCAACACCAUCAGUAUAUGUAAUAAUAAUGAUGAUGAUGAUGAUAAUGAUGAUAAUAAUAAACUUUUAUUUAUAUCCCGCCCUUCCUAGCCGAAGUCAGGCUCAGGGCGGCUAACAUCAAAUAUAUAAUAUUGGUAUGUCCAAAUUAAAACAUGUCCCUGCCCCCAUGGGUGUGAGAGAAAUAACAAAGGGAGAGGAAGGGAAGUUUAAAAAUUACUCAUGAGUAGGAAUUCAGGGAGAUGUUUUAGAGCAGCGGAUCUCAACCUGUGGGUCCCCAGAUGUGGUUGGACUACAACUCCCAUCAUCCCUGACCACUGGUCAUGCUGGCUAGGAAUGAUGGGAGUUGUAGUCCAACUAUAUCUGGGGAUCCACAGGUUGAGAAACACUCUUUUAGAGGGAUGUAAGGACACAACAGUUCUUGACCUGUGAAAGAGGUCCCUUCUCAUUUCCUACUCCCGAAGUGUGAUGUUCUCAGCCUUCCUACUGUAAGACCUUUCCGUUGCGUCAGUGGAGGGGUGAGGCUUCUCUACAUCUUCCUGGAAGCUUUCGUGUCAGUACUUCCAUGUUCCCCAUCUCCUCCAGUUCAGUCCCCAUCAUUCCAAGCAAUAAUGAUUCGUACUGGCCCCAAACCCACAAACUCUGUCCCUCAACUUGGGCAAAAUACUGGACUGCCCCAGUCCAUCUAUGUGGACCUUGGCCUCAAUCAUUUUGAUUCAGGAAGACAGGAAGUUCCCUUAUACUGAAUCAUGUGGGAAUGUUGUGGGUAGCAGGAAAGGAUUUUUUUGAUUAAAUAUUAUCCUUCCUAACUCACGCUGGUUAGUUUAUUCAUAUAGCAGAGUACAUCCCCCUCUUUACAGAGCAGGAAGCGACUUGCAGAUUCGUUAGAAUCUCUUAAGUUCUAUUAUUCCUGGUAAGACCCCUUGGAUUCCCUCCUAAAAGAAUAGACACAACAGUCUUCUUUUUAAAGCAAUGAGAAGUUUACUCACAUUCAGUUCACAGUUGGAUCCCUGAAGGCAGGCUUUAGCUUAGAGUUACAGAUGAGGAUUUGAGUUCGUCCCAUAUGGGAACUCAUCCUACAUGGUGCUGGCUGAGGGAAAUUCCCAGCCCUAGCUGGAAAUGCGAGGAAUUGAAUCUAGGACAAGCAGAUAGAUGAUCUGCCACUGAGCCGCAACUUUUCCUCAUCUUGUGGUCCCUUCUAACCCCCUCUCCUUUGUGGCUGGCUCCUCCAGAUCCUCUUCCUCCUCCAGUACUGAAAACGGACCCUCCGUCCAGAGUGGUGAACAAAGGAGACCCCUUGCUCCUCACUUGCUUGGCCAAAGGAGGCGGCGUGGAGAAAAGAUUCCAUUUCUUCAGGGAUGGUGUUGAGAUGAUCUCCGACAGCGGUGGGUCCCUGCGGUUCUCCAGAGAACAUGGGGGUGCCUCCGCAGGUGUGUCUGUCAACAUCCUGAAGGCUAAGCUCAACCACACUGGGGAAUUUGCCUGCAGGUAUGAGGAAAAAACGAGCAGGGGGUGGAUCGUCUCUCCGUGGAGUCAGAAGGUGUACCUCACAGGUGAGUGGUUUCCAACUGGUGGCAAUAGUUGGGGGUUAGGGUCUGCUUUAGCUUUGGGACCCUCCCCCCUUUGAUGUUUGAGUUCAAAGCCCCCCAUAGGCUUUGUGGGGUGUAAUCCAUGAAAGGCAGUCAAGUACAACAUUCAUUGAAAUGCUAGAGAAGACAUGCGAGGGGAUGUUUGCUCCAGCCAGUCGAAACUUCCUGUUCCUCCUGGCUGGAGCAUCCUUCCCUUCACAUGUGAUAGAAGGUGGGUGUGACCUAACCUGUCCAGGUAACAAAAGGACAAGUCACGCAGCAACCUUUCCCUUUUUUGACUUCCUUCCUCUUUUGACCAGCUUGUAGCUAAGACUGCUCUGCUAGCAGAAGCACUGGGAUUAUUCCUCCUUAUGGGGUAGAUUCCACAUGUACAUAUUUGUAACUAAGUCUGUCUUCAGGAAUCCAACUGUGAACUGAUGUUAAGUAAACUUCUUUUAUUGACUUUGAAUAAGAUUGUGGUGUCUUUAUUCUUUUAAGAGGGAUUCAAGGGAACUUACCAGGAACGUACAAUUCAAUCUGAAGACAGAACGAAUUGUAUAAUAGUGAGAGACUCGCACGAGCCUGCAACCAGCUAUCUGCUGUGCAUGUAAAAGGGGGAAUGUAACUUGCUAGCAUAAGUUAGGAAGGAUAUUUAUAAACAAUAUAUCCUCUCCUGCCACCCUGAACAUUCCCACAGCUGAUGGGGUCCAAAGGAAAGUAAAGCAAGACCAGCUUGGCUGCAGGAGUUGCCAGAAGGAGUACAAGGCCCCGUCCAACCGCCUUAGGGACUUUUUAGGGUUUCCUCUUGAGCCUUUUCUUCUCCCCAAGAUAUCCCGCAAGGCAGCGGAGGUUGAGGGUCAGAGUCACCUUCCCAAGCCCCACCUGCCCCUCACUUCUCUCUACAGCAUGUGCAGUGGUUCCCAUCUGUGGAAUGCUCUCCCCAGGUAAGUUCGCCUGGUGCCUUCAUUAUACACCUUUUGGCACCAGGCAAAAACGUUCCUUUUUAACCAGACCUUUGGUUGAUCUGUUUGACAUCCCAUACCCUUUAAGAUGUAGCUCUUUUCUGGGGUGGGUGGGUGUUUAUUCUGAUUAUGUAUGUUGUGAUCUUUUCUGUGAACCACCCUGAGACCUCUGGGUAUAGGGUGGCAUAUAAUUUCAAUACUACUAAUAAUAAUAAUAAUAAUAUGCAGAAACCGUCUUCUUGACUGUCGGACCCACUAUUUUGAGCCUGUCUUCACAUGCACUUUAAUUUGCAAAACAAAUCCUAUUUUAUAUUAAAACAGGCAUUAUAAACAGAUGGCGAUAUUAGCUUGUAUGAUCACUGUGUUUUUAACUUCAGUGAAUUACUGUUAUUGUGUCUUCAACAGCAAUGGCUACAAUGGAGUCCCCCCCCCCCCCCGAUUAUUCAUACCAACAGCUGAAUCCCCUUCUUUCCUUUCUGCAGUUUGGGCACCAAGUUCCUCUUCUCCACCCCUGCUAUAUGCAUGUUUGGCAAUUCCACUGGCGAUCCUGAUGGUCCCUCUUGCUUUUUACUGCACGAGAAGGAAUAGAGGUAGGUGAUGCUGAGAACUGUGGCCCUCUCCUGUCAUUUCCUAUUAGGGGAUGGUGCUCUUCUCUGCGUCACAAGAGUGGUGGUCAUGGAAGCAGUGUUGGUUAAAAGCAAGCAUUUAUUUUGUCUUCCUUCAUAUUGGAUGUGGUUAGGGUGUGGGAGGGAGCCUUGCCUGUGUCUGUCCUCUGGAACUCCCAGCCACAAGAGGUUUAUUUUCAGGACCAGCCCUGUCUCACCAUCUUUCUUCUCUUUUCUCUCUCCAUUUCCACUUUGGAAGCGUUGAAAUCCGAACAGGAAAACACGGAAGAAGCAAAUUCCGAGUACCUUGAAAUGUUCAGCGCCACUAGGAAGCCUCAGAGGUAAUGGCAACUAAUGCUGGUAUAACACUGAUGUGAUGUGUGUCUUCAUAAUUUCUUAUUUAUUUAAAGCAUUUCUUCCAAAAAGUGUUCCUAGACUGGCCAACCAAAAUAACAAUGGUCGUGGCACACAAGAAGGGAGGAGCGAAAGAGCCAGCUCAGGCAGCAGUUCAGUUCUUAAAGUUUUGAACAUAGUUGGAGGCGAAGAGCACCCACAAACUAUGCAAGGAGUUUCCAGAGGGGAGGAAAACUUUAACCCAGAGCCUGGCAACCUGGAAAUGCAGGAGAGACUUAUCAGUCAAGAGAGGGACAAUGUCUUGUUGGCUGGGAGAUAAAAGGAUGAAAGGCGACUGGAGGAACAGGCAGCGGGGGGUGUCCCAGGCAGAAAAAGGAGCAAAGAGACCCCACAGGGAGAAUCAUAGAAUUGUAGAAUUGGAAGGGACCCAGUGGAUCAUCUAGUCCAACCCUCCUGCAAUGCAGGGAAAUGCAGCUGCCCCUUACGGGGAUCAAACCUGCAACCUUGGCAUCAUCAGCACCACGCUCUAGUCAACUGAGCUAUCCAGGAAGAAGGACAAGUUUGGGGAUGGCAGAUAAGGAGUGGGAAAUACAUUUAAAAAAUUAAGAAAUUCUCCAGUAGCACCUUGGAGACCAACUAAGUUUGUUCUUGGUAUGAGCUUUCGUGUGCAUGCACACUUCUUCAGAUACACUGAACCAGAAGUCACCAGACCUUUAUAUAUAGUGAGAGGGUGGGAAGGGAUAUUACUCAGAAGGGUGGUGGGAAUGGGUGAUUGGCUGAUAGUGGUAAACAGUCGAGACCUAUCAGCCAAUCACCCAUUCCCACCACCCUUCUGAGUAAUACCCCUCCCUGUCUCACUACAUAUAAGGGUCUGGUGACUUCUGUUUCAGUGUAUCUGAAGAAGUGUGCAUGCUCACGAAGCUCAUACCAAGAACAAACUUAGUUGGUCUCAAGGUGCUACUGGACAAUUUUUAAUUUUUAUAUAUAUAUUUCUACUGCGUCAGACCAACACCGCUACCUACCUGAUUCAGGAGGGGAAAUGACUGGCAUAUUGGAGAGAAGGAAAGAUGUCUGUAAGGGAUGGGGUGGCUGGGACAGGGACAGAGCCAGUGGACAGGGAAAGGUGGGGGCAGAAGGGGCGAAGGGAGCAGAGCAGGAUUCCAGGUUGCCGGAGGCUGGGCUAGAUGACCCUUGGGGGUUCCCUUUAAUUCUUUAAUUCUUUAAUUCUAUGAUUCUAUGAUUCUAAUGUCUAUUCUGGACCCAGUAGGCCAGGCAGCUCCUGCUACAUGCUUCUGUCCUCAGACAGAUGCUUUGAUGGCCGUUUGGACUUCUCACAAGAGGGGGAUUCCUUGAGUUACUUGGCCGUUCACCUUUGCCGUGAGCUGUUGUGUGUAUUCUCUGUGUAAGAACUGGGACGGAAACUGUGGAAACAUUUAAAAAUAAAAUAAAAUAGUUUCGCGAGGUUAUUUCCCCCUCCAUUCAUGGCUGGGAUUGGGAGAUUCUUCCUGUCUUUCAUAUUGAAACCAUCACUUCCUCCAUGAAACCUUUGACAAUACAAUAACUGCCUCCCCCCCCCCCAAUUUCUAUUUAAGGAAAUAGAAACUGAGCUAUGGGAUUGGCUGCUACAGGAUGUGGUUUAGAUGCCUUUUGAAAAGAGGUACAUUCGUGAAGAUAUUCUGCCAAAACAUUUUAGUCAUGACAGCUUAGUAGAUCUUCAUUGUGCAGAAGCAGUCUACCUCUGAAUUGCUGUGCACUGGAGAUAAGCAAAAGAGGAGGGUGGCCUAUUUGUGAGUUGCCCAGUAGUGUCCAGCUGGCUGCUGUCAAAACUGAAUGAAGCGAACCCUCAAUUUGCUCCCAACAGGCUUGGGGGGCUCAUCAUUCUUUGAACAUGUCCCUCAAUUUCCUUCUCCUUUUCAGGACUCAGACGCCUUUUACUUCCUUGCCACCCCCUGCUCUGCCGCAGCCCCCACUAUCGCGAUCAUGGAUGGAGAGCAGAGCGAAACCGGCCGAAGACCAGGAGGAAGGUCUCUACAACAACAUUCCCCUUCAGGGCAAGAAGAGAGCAGAACGAUAG